GUGAGUCAACUGGGUACGCACGAUGCAACUUGAUCCAACUAGGAGCUGACCAGCGCUCAAUAUCAGCAUCUGUCUUUAUCCAAUGAACACGACGUAGUGUAUCUUUAAAAGGUUGAACUGCGGUUUAUCGCUCCUGUAGACUCGUUUGUCCAGUCGGCGUUGCUGUAAGAGUGUCAUGGUUCAUCGGCGGUGAAUGUUGGUGCGUUUUCCUCCCCCCGUGGCGCAUCAGCAUCCCUCCUGAGCUAUGGAUGCGUUACGAGGCCACCGCGGUGCACUGCCAGGGAUGCUCGUGGUCUGGAUCAUGUUUGCGGCAGAGAUUAUGAGUUUAUCCAGGGUAAAAGCUAGCGAUGUCAUGGAGGAACUUGCCACGGAGAAAGAAGCAGAGGAAAGUCACCGCCAGGACAGCGUUAAUCUACUGACAUUUAUUUUGCUGCUGACUUUAACCAUCCUCACCAUUUGGCUAUUCAAGCACAGACGAGUCCGGUUCCUGCACGAGACCGGGUUAGCAAUGAUUUACGGUUUAUUGGUAGGAGUGAUUCUGCGUUACGGGAUCCCAGCUACCAGUUAUCACAACCAGACCCCUCUGAGCUGUUCCCUGAAGGAGGGUCCCGCUAGCACCCUUCUGCUCAAUGUCAGUGGAAAGUUCUUUGAGUACAGCCUCAAAGGGGAAAUAAACCUGAGAGAGAUUCACAAUGUGGAACAAAAUGACAUGCUCAGAAAGGUGACCUUUGACCCAGAGGUAUUCUUCAACAUAUUGCUGCCUCCUAUUAUCUUCCAUGCAGGAUACAGCCUUAAAAAGAGACACUUUUUCAGAAAUCUGGGCUCCAUUUUAACAUAUGCCUUCAUUGGUACGGCUGUUUCAUGUUUUGUUAUUGGGAAUCUAAUGUACGGCGUGGUCAAGUUGAUGCAAGUAGCAGGGCAAUUAACUGAUAAGUUCUACUACACAGAUUGUCUUUUCUUUGGUGCCAUUAUUUCAGCUACCGACCCAGUAACUGUGUUGGCCAUCUUCAAUGACCUCCAUGCUGAUGGGGACCUGUACGCUCUGCUGUUUGGAGAAAGUGUCAUGAACGAUGCUGUUGCAAUUGUUUUGUCAUCGUCUAUAGUUGCCUACCAGCCAAGUGGAGCGAACAGUCACAAGUUUGACACCUCAGCCCUUUUCAAAUCAAUAGGAGUUUUUCUGGGGAUCUUCAGUGGCUCCUUUGUGAUGGGAGCAGCCACUGGAGUCGUCACUGCUCUCGUCACAAAGUUCACUAAACUUCACUACUUCCCCCUGCUGGAGACUGCCCUCUUCUUCCUCAUGUCAUGGAGCACCUUCCUGUUGGCAGAGGCUUGUGGCUUCACUGGUGUUGUAGCUGUGCUGUUCUGUGGAAUCACCCAGGCGCACUACACUUACAACAACCUCUCAGAAGAGUCCACCAAACGCACCAAACAGUUGUUUGAGGUCCUCCAUUUCCUGGCUGAGAAUUUCAUCUUCUCGUACAUGGGGCUGGCUCUGUUCACCUUCCAGAACCACAUCUUCAGCCCAAUCUUCAUCAUUGGAGCUUUUAUUGCUAUAUUUAUUGGUCGAGCAUUGAAUAUUUACCCGCUGUCCUUCUUGCUGAACCUCGGCCGACGACACAAAAUCACAGGAAAUUUCCAGCACAUGAUGAUGUUUGCAGGUUUGCGUGGGGCCAUGGCAUUCGCUCUGGCCAUCAGAGACACAGCCACCUACGCACGACAGAUGAUGUUCAGUACGACGCUGCUCAUUGUCUUCUUCACUGUGUGGGUCUUUGGAGGAGGAACCACGCCCAUGCUUUCCUGGCUACAUAUCAGAUUUAGGCCUCGACAUUGUGUCUAUGGACAGAGGAGAUACACAAGGGUUGGUGUGGAUUCAGAUCAAGACUUCCAGCUCACAGGAGACAGCUUUCAAGUAUUGCAAGGCGACGGCUCCCAGGACCAGAGUAAGACCAAGCAGGAAAGUGCCUGGUUCUUCAGACUGUGGUACACCUUCGACCACAAUUAUCUGAAGCCCCUGCUGACUCACAGUGGGCCGCCCCUCACCUCCACUCUGCCCAGUUACUGUGGACCUCUGGCCAGCUGCCUCACCAGCCCCCAGGCUUACCAGGAUGACGAUCAGCUGAGAGACCCAGACUCUGACCUGAUCCGUAAUGACCAGGACCUGACCUUUAUGUUCGGAGACACGUCGCUUACGGCUAAUGGGACGUCAGGUGCCAGGGAGGACUCUCGCGCUGGGGCGACAAACUGGAGUGUGAACGGAAAGAGGAGCGGCAGCACCUCUGAGGAAGCACUGGAGAGAGACCUGGACUCCAGAGACCAAGAGUUACUGAGCCGAGGGACUAGACUGGUUUUCCCCACGCAAGACCAACUAUGAUCCCACAACCAACCAUCAAUCUAGACUGAGAACUGGUCCAAAUACUGAAGGAAGGAAGACUAAAGAGCCAAAAAAGGACUCCUGAACUGAACCAAAUUCAUCUUAUGUAGCACCUUUCUAGAUGCAAAAUUUAUUCAAAAUAACGCAGCUUAUUGGUAAAACAUCUUGCUGAAGGACAAAGGAAAAGUGUGCAGUGCUCGAAGGGUAGAUAUUUGACUACUUUUCCCCAUCUAAGACAACUAAGAUCUGGCUCAAAAUCCACCUAGGACCUAGACUUAAGACCUGGUUCACUUCCUUAAAAAUAGGACCAGGACAAUCCCUCAAAUGAAUGGGGCAUGUCCCAAUGACUUCCAAUGUCAGUGAAGACAGACAGUGAUGUAAGAAACCAAAAUAAACAGAUGAAGUCUAACUAUACCAGGUUUGAGCUGGGACUAAACCGGGACAAUCAGAGGGAAUGUACUCUUCUUACGUGAGUUUGCACAUUUGUGGUUUUGUGGGCGGACUUAAAAUAUAGGUGGGCAAAAUAAUGUCAGACAUUGAUUAGUUGCUAAGACAUUUGAAUGGGGAGUAACAGGAAAUAAAUAUAUUUGGGCCCGUCCUUGUAAACUACAGCUGCCUGUGAUUAAAACUGGACACUGGACUUUGCAUAGAUAAAACCAGGUCUAUGGAAAAAAAAAAAACUGAUGUGAAGAUGUUUGUUUACCUGAAGGUAUGGUCUGUUUAUUUCUCAUAAAAAGAAGUAUGCACUAAACCUGGACAAAACUGUGGCUUAGGGUAAAACGGAUCCAAGCCAGGACUAAACCAGAACUAUAGGAAGUCAAUAUGCAAAUCCUCUUGUGAGAAGAAUUUUGCACAUUUGAAUUGUAUAUGUACAGUCUACUGAUGAAAAAAAAAAAGAAACUGUUGUAACAUUCUGAAGCUAUACUUUAAAAAUGCAUCUUUUUUGACAAUUAAUGGUACACAGAUGAAAAAUCAUUUGCGGCAGUACUAAAAUGUAAACAUUUUUUUCCAUAAUUGCCAGUAAUAAGUAUUUAAAGAAAUCUGUUAUGCCCUGGCAAAGCAUUGCACAGCUAUGUUAAUUUGAAAAUUAAUGUAGCUAAACUAUAUGAAAUAAAAACACCCUUGUUAAGUGUGGUUAAGAUCCUUGCAGCCUCUUUGACACGGCAGACUUACUGUCAAGGAUGAAAUAGCAGGGGGAUACUUGAGCAUGCAAAUGACCACAAUGCACUGCUUUGUCCCUGCUGCAUCAGACUGUUACAAACUGUAUGUCUGUCUUGUCUUUCAUUGCGUCCUUUUGGGCAUCUAUUACGUCCAAGUAGUCUCAUGUGCUUCUAUGCAGGAUGCUGCCUCGUGCUGAUUUGUCAUUCAUAUCAUGAGAAUAAACAACCAUAAAAUGUUGGAACAUU